AUGGCCAUGGCCCCGGCUGGCGGAACGAAAGCCGCCUACGCCCUCGAGUCGAGAGCCACCUCACUUUCGGAAAGCUCGACCCUCGCCGCCCACUCCCCCCAUGGCUCCUUCGACGACGAUGAGGAACUGCACAACCUCCUCUCCCGACGCUCCACCAGGCGCGGCUUCCUGCAUCGUUUGCUCGGAGCCCUGGGCAUGUCCGGUCUGCGGAGGCGCGACCAUCACUUCUCCCCGCCCGCACAUGACUUGCCCGAGGGUCUGCUGAGGAAACACCGAGGGCGAUCAAGACCUUCGCCCCCGAGAGAGGUGAGGAAGUGUCGAAGGUCGUAUGCUGCCGGCUGCAUUAAGCGCUCACUUCUUGCUUCACCACUCGUGAUCUUGAUGGCCUUGUAAGUGCCACGCUACCCUCGGCGCGCAUCAGGCCAAACACUAACGAAUCGCCAGCGGCGUCUUGCAUAUUACAGAGGUAUUAAUAGGAAGAGCACGCCUGUUCUGGGACUCUGAAGCAUUAGAAACCGAUUUCCUCCCCAAUUGGGGCAAGAAGGGUCAACCCGGUGAGGGGCUCGUCGAAUAUCCCACCGACGCCACACGAGAUGUCAUUCCCAUCCCAUGCCACUCCCACAACGAUUACUGGCGGAGAGUGCCGCUCUUCGAUGCCAUACACUGGGGGUGCACGGGAGUCGAAGCAGACGUCUGGCUGUUUGACCAAGAACUCUACGUCGGUCACAACACCGCAGCACUCACCAAAAACCGCACCUUCCAACAUCUCUACGUGAACCCGCUCGUCGAUUUGCUCGACAAGAUGAACCCUGACACCGAAUUCGGCAAGACGACAGGCCACGGAGUGUUUGAUGAAGAUCCAGAACGCAGCCUGGUCCUCCUGGUGGACUUCAAGACCGGUGGACACGACACCUUCCCCUUUCUUUACAAGCAACUCUCCGCUCUGCGCGAGAAAGACUACCUGACCUACUGGGACGGCAAGGAACUGCACAGCCGUGCCGUGACGGUCGUCGGCACCGGCAACACCCCCUUCGACAUGAUCGUCCAAAACACCACCCGCCGCGACAUCUUCUUCGACGCACCCCUCGACCGUUUCUACGAACCCCUCCCUCCUCCUUCUCCUCACCAACAACGUUCAGAACCCUCCGAUUCCACCACCACCACCACCAUCACCACAAAAUACCAAAGCUCCCCCCAGGGCUCCGUAGGAACCCCCAACACCACCCCCGACGACUUCUCCCCCGCGAAUUCCUACUACGCCAGCGUCUCCUUCACCCACGCCGUCGGCUUCGUCUGGCGUGGCCACCUCUCCCCCCGCCAGAUGGAAAUCAUCCGGGGCCAGAUCCGCGGCGCCAAGAAACGCGGCCUGAAAGUCCGAUACUGGGAUACCCCCGUCUGGCCCAUCAACAAGCGCAACCAUAUCUGGCAUGUGCUGAUGCGGGAGGGAGCGGACAUGCUGAAUGUGGAUGAUCUGAAGGGCGCUGCGGUGGAGAGUUGGAGGGCGAGGAUGCAUGAUUUCUGGCGAUGA